CGAUAUCCUUUCCAAGUUUGGAUCAUAGCCUGCCUAAGGUGGAGCCUACACUUUCAGCAACUACACCAACGUAAAUAAAUCUUCGUUAGGAAGUGUAGGUUAGGUUUUCUAUUCCUCAGUGUUGUUCUGAGUUUUGUCCUCAGUUACAACAACCUAUCUACCGCUGGCUCGGACACGCAUACUUUGCAUAAUCGCCUCCGACUUCACAGUCCACACACAGUGUGCUCGAAUUACCGUCCGUACUUGUAGAAGACGAAUGAUGCAGAUACACAAGCCAAAGCUAAGAAGUAGGAACGGAUUUGACUAAGCCUAAUGGAUGCCGAGAUUAUCAAAAAUGUGCCAUGUAAAGAGGGAAAAUGCAAAGUCAAAAAGCGAGCGCAAUGCCGAGUUAGCGGCUAGAGCCGAAGCAACAAAGAGGGUAUAGGUAUCGAUGAGGUAGGUGAAAACAGCAAUGAAAACAAUGACCAUUCAAUAGCCAAAUGGAAAACUAGCCGCAAAGCUCGAGAUUCAGUGCAUCGAAGGAGAAUUCGUCUAUGCAAACCAAAAAGUCCUAUGAAGGGACAAUCGCUCCUAUCAUUGCCGGAACUAGGCGAGCUUCCGGGUAAGCAAAUCCACCGUUCACAGCGGCCGCUCGCGUAUAUGCUUUUUGAGUUAGCGGCGCGACAAGACUAACGGAUGGAAGAGCGCCAGUUUCUUCGCUCCAAACAAGAACCUCCUGAUAGACGAUAGGGUAGGCGCCAAAAAGUAUAUCAAGAGUUCAUAGAUGAUGGACAUGUAAAUAGAAAGAACGAGAACGGUUUGCCCUACCAUCACAAGGCUACUAUCAUUGCCUCUCCGGUCUUGACACCCUACGAGUCAAAAGAAGAUGUCCAAUUUAAAACCCUUCGGCCCGUUUCGGCUUACAAAAUGUUGUCAAAUCGAGUCCUCCAAGCCACAAUAUGCAUCGAUUCUUGAUCUCACACGUGCUCGUCGCAAUGAGCUCUCAUUCAUUCUAUCUGUGAAGGUAUCAAAAUUGCGGCUAUCCAGAUCUGUCGCAUGAUUGGCGCAAAGGUCAGUACAGCACUCCGAUGAGCGUAUUCCCUUUUCAAAGAUGUUCCAAUGUUUGCAUAUCGCUCGCUUACUUACGAAGAAAAUAGAUAUACGUAAUUUUAGGAAGUGACGAAAAGGUAGGGUAUUUGAUGCGCACUUUAUGAUAUACCUCGAAACUAUAUGUCCAAUUCCCAGAAUGCUUCUUUCUUACCGGCCCUCAUGCGCGAAACUAAUGGUAGAAGGUGUGGAUGUGAUUCUGAAUUCACUUCCCGGGCAUCUCCGCCAUAGGUCCUGGGAAUGUGUUGAGAAAUAUAGCAGAUGGUUGAGUCGGGAAAAUAUGAGAUUUUAUCGGUCGAAGUCGACUUGCCAUGAAUCCUUUCCUUGAAAACAGGUCGUUGUUGGAUGUAGAUCUUGCCCGAAUUUGUGUUGAUCGGCGUCAAGUCAUCAAAAGAUAAUCGUUCUUUCCACAGCAAUUGUUAUUGACAUGUUGCCUGCUGACAAUCGUUUGAUAAAUAGAUUGCUCGAAAUUGUAUCAAUAUUUCCACCAAGAUGCUAUUUAGCCUAUUAGACCAUCAAAGUUCCUCGGUGCUAGUCAAAUCGGUUAGUCCCUCAUCUAAAAGCUACCCAUAUUUCAUUCAAAUGUCGACGCUCUUGACGGUAAGCCGGCCCUCCUGUUCGUGAUACCUGACUUGUGAAUCAUAACUCCAUUCUAGGACGGCGGAUAUUACAAAUGGCUCACAACGAGUGGGAAACUGUUCAAGCGCCAAAAAUGCAAGGCACUUCGAAUCUUCACGCUUCCGUACCUCUCGCCUGUUUUGUCUUUAGAUCAGUGUCAAGUCAACGGGGAUAGUAGGGACAAUCCAACUAUGGCACAUUUUUGUAUGCAUUUAGUCAAUACAGCCACGGUAAAGAUCUACCCGCGUCUGCGAUAGAUGUUGAUGUCCUUGGCGAUGUCGGCAACGUCAGCGAAGAUCCAGCGAUUUUGCAGCACAAACUGCUACAGACUCUCCGAGAAACGGAUCUCCUCAAUACCCCGGAACUGCCCAUUAUCAGAUCAAAAGUAAAAUCCCAAGCGCCUAGCUCACCGGCAGACGGCUACACGAGCGAAAGUCAGAUCGGCUACUGGCAUAGAAUGACAAUGCCAAUCACGGCGGGCACUGAGAGGAUGCCGUGGAAUCCACUGUGUCAAAGAUCACGGUUGCAGCAUCAAUUGAGAGCCUUGAAAGAUAUCCGCGGAAGCUUAUUGGUCAAAGUUGGCUUUGUAUAUCUAAAGAGGAGCUGAGAGUGGAAUUUAGACUUUCCUGAGAGUGAAGCGGGUUGAAGUAUUUUAUAAAUCAACAACAGUCGGAGGCAGUUCUGGUGAAGCGACCGAUUAAGCGUUCCAAGGCAUUUCUCAAUAUUCUGCAACAUGUAUAAACCACACCAAAGGCUGCCCAUUUGUUUAACGCUAGUACCACGGGAAAACCUCCAGCCGCUUCCAAAAGAAAUAGGAGUCCCUUCUAUAAUCACGAGGAAGGCUGCAGAGGUGGUAUAAGCUCGAGUGAUUGUGCUUUCAAAGAGUCAACGCUACGUCUCCUUGUUCAAUAAAUAACGAUCUAGCGGCCGUCUGAUAAAUUUUCCCCUUGAACGUGGAAGGGGAUAAUGAUGUGCAAGAUCCCCCGUAACAAAGGCUCAACAUUGCGCCCUUUCAAUGCCAUCCAGAGCUUCGAUGGUUUGCUGAGGGCCCAUCUCACGGAUUUAUGCCAAUUAGUGGUGCACAUGACACCUUUAGGCCAGGUACUACUCAUAACCGCAGCAGGUCUCCAAGGUGAACAGCCUCUGGUUGAUAGAACAAUGUAAAUAAUGGAAGUCCGCACAGUAGAUCCGUAACUUCAGAAAAAGGAUUGGCUCUAGCAUUUACCGGCUCAGAGAACGUUAACAUUAGUAUGGUUGCAUUGAUGGCAUCAUCAUUUAGACGAUUUGGAUCAUUUUAGUGCGAGGAGCUAUUUCAGAUCUUGGUGUUUGGUCCGUUGAACCCGUCUCAAUCAAGUUA